AUGAGCCGCGAUGCGGGCCUCGCGCAGGUCCCGGACGACCACGAUGCGGCGAACCCGAAGCCGCGGGCUUGUUCCAGCUGCGCCCGGCUAAAGAUGAAGUGCCAGUGGCCCGCUGCCGGGGCGGUGCGGCCGGAGAAGACGUGCGCAAGAUGCGCCCGCAUGAAGCUCGAGUGCAAGGUCCCGGAGGCUGCGCCAAGAAAGAAACGAGGCAAAUCAACCCGAGUUGCCCAGUUGGAGAAGAAACUCGACGGCAUCGUCUCGCUCCUCGCUGCUAGCCAACAGAUGCAAGCCAAAGGACCAUCCCCAUUGACCCCAGAAAGUCCCGAGGCCGUUCAAAUCCCACAGCCACUCCCCGAAAAGCCGCCCAGUCCGUUCCUCGCUCUCAAAGAGACGGUCGACGGUAGAGGUGGCGAUGACGCCACCAACGACUCGGCGGAGUUGGAACUCCUCCCCGGGUUCCGUAUCACACACGAACAGGGCGACAAGUACCUUGACGUGUACCGCCGAGACUUUUUACCCGUGUUCCCGUUUGUAAGCCUCCCGGACUAUGUCACAUCUCGGGAACUGUACGCCCACUCCGAGGUCCUGUUCUGGACCAUAAUGGCCGUCGCCCAUCCGCUGCCAAGAGAGGUCCAGACCGAAACCAAGACGUGGUUUCGCAAGUAUCUCGCCGAACACGUUGUCGUCCUACAGGAAAGAAACCUCCAUAUGCUUCAGGCCAUUCUUAUUCACCUUGCUUGGAACGACUUCCCGUUCUACUUGGACCCGCAGGGUACCCCCAUUCUUCAGCUCGCCCUGUCCUUGGUCAUGGACCUAAGGCUAGAAAAGCCACCGGGGUCUUGUGGCGCGCCUCACAAGUCAUUGCUGGGAGAUGCUUGGUCCACCAUCAUCAAAACAUCGUCGUAUGGAGCGAAGCUCAAGACUUCGCACUCCCUAGAGGAGAAGCGAGCUUUGCUAGGCUACUACCACAUAUCAAGCCUCUUAUCCGUGCUGUUCAGAAGGGGCACGCAACUGAGUUGGAGCAACUUCUUGUCUCAAUGUUGCGACGCCCUGAUUAAAACCGACGAGUACGUGACUGACAGAUACCUCGUGGCCGUGGUAAAGAUGCAGCACAUGGCCGAUCGUGCAUACAACAUGUUGCGGGCUACCGACUAUUACGACAACGUCUCGGUUGUGUUCCGCCCUCCCCUCGAAAUGGCCAUGAACCAGGCCCGACGUGAGCUGGAAGCCUUUGUCGAGACCCAACCUGAAAGCGUCAAGGAAACCAAACUGUUCUGGUCCCAUUACUACAUCCUUCUCGUACGCCUCUACGAACCCGUACUCCAAAUGAAGGCGCCCACCCUCACCGACCUGGACAGCCUCGCCGGCGAACCCUUCCAGCGCGCCGAAGCCAUGUGGAAAUGCGUCCAGGCCGCGAGCCAAUUCUUCAACCACCAGCUCACGGUCCCCGUGGCCCAGCUCACGGUCCUGCCCGUCACCAUCAACGGCUUCCUCGCCUUCGCCAUCGUCACGGCGUCGCGCAUCAUGCUGCUGGACUCGUCGCCCGACUGGGACCCGGCGCUCGCGCGGCGCCACCUCGACAUCGCCGACUUGCUGAGGCGCAUGAGCAACGAAUACGAGGACGCCGACCGCGUGGCGCAGGAGCUGGGGCGGCGGCGACGUAUCCUCGACGACAACAUGAGCGUGUUUCUCAAGUACAGCUCCAAGCUGCGGUGGAUACGGCAGUGGUAUCUGUCCAAGAUCCCGCAGGAGCCGGAGGUGCCGGUGGUGGAGGCGCCGAACUGGGCCGUCGACUUUGAAUUUGACGAGAAUUUCUGGCAAGAGUUGAUGUCGGGGUAUGAUUGCGAUGAUCUCAAUGUGUCUUUACCGAAUGCACCGGUGGCUUGA